AAAAAAUUCGCCAUCCCCAGUCUUGCCAAUCUACACAACUCAACGUUCGCUCAAGGAUUCAGCAAUAACGAACGUCAAGCGGCCGCCAGGGCUUUACUGAGACACGACGUUCACAUUGACGGGACACACUAUCAGGCUAGACUGCCUGGUGGCCUUCACCCGUCGUACUUUGCCUUUAGCAGCACUGCUAAACGAACCAGUGAAAAAUCCCUUACCCAAGAGGAGCUUCUGGAGGCAUCACUGCAAGACGUCUUCGACGCCCUGAGUAUGCAAGAUCGCCUUGAUGGCGGAAUUUCUGUCCUCAUUCGAUGCGCUGGGUCUGAAGCAGUCUCUUCACCCGAAAACCUCCCUGUCGACCUCUACAUUACGCCCCGCGAACUACAAGAAACUCCCGAGCGAAUUGGCGGAGACCUUGCC